AUGCACGCUUAUACAAAUUAUUGGUCCAAAAUUCUACGAUACGACAAAGUAGCAGAUAUAAUGACUCUGAAGAAGUUCCAGUUACUGAGGCGAUAUAUACAUUUCAAUGAUAAUUUUAUUGACGACGACGAUAGAUAUCACAAAGUUAGACCACUUCUUCAAAAAAUCCGUGAAAAUUGUCUAAAAGUAGAAGAAGAGUCGCGUUUCAGUAUUGAUGAAAUGAUGGUUCCACAUAAAGGAACUAGAGCAGGCAGCCGUAAGCAGUAUGUAAAAAAUAAACCGAAAAAAUGGGGAUUCAAAAUAUUUGUUCGCGCUGGUGUCUCUGGAAUAGUUUACGACUUCCUGAUCUACGGAGGAGACGACACAUUUAGAUUUAACUCAUUCACAGAUGAAGAAAAUGGUAUGGGCCUGGGAUCAAAAGUAGUUCUUGCGCUAGCGAAAUCCAUUCACCAGCCUGCAUACAAAGUCUUAUGCUUUAAUAACUUCUUCACUUCUAUUGAGCUCCUGCAAUAUUUACGUAACGAAUACGGGAUUUUCGCACUGGGAACAAUCCGAUCAAAUAGGCUUCGAGGAGCGGAAAAAAAAUUACCCACGGAUAAAAAUCUAAAAAAAAGCGGCAGAGGAUCUCAUGCACAAGUCGUAUGCAACAAAAACAAGAUCGUUGUCGUCAAAUGGUACGAUAACAAAUGUGUCACAGCUGCAAGCACAUUUGUAGACGCGCAUCCUAUCCAGAAUGUGGUUCGUUACAAGAAAGCACAAGGAAGAAAAAUGCCAGUGACAUGCCCAAAUUUGAUAAAAGAAUACAACACCGACAUGGGCGGAGUUGACCUGGCAGAUAUGCUGAUUGCUCUGUAUCGUACACCAUUCCGAGGUCAUCGCUGGUAUUUACCGAUCUUCUCGCAAAUGCUUGAUAUUUGUGUGAACAAUGCCUGGCUUCUCUAUCGACGUCAUAGAGAAGCCAGGCAUGAAGCCAAAAAACCCAAGUCGCUAAAAACAUUUCGAAUAGAAAUUUUCGAAAGCUUACGCAGAUUUGAGAGAACUAAUACAAGCAAUAUCAGCAGGACUAGCGUCAGCUCAACCAAGACCAUACAGAGACCUGUAGCUGAAAGACCCCCAGAUGCUGUUCGGUAUGAUCAAGUUGCACAUUAUCCAAAUGUAACACCUAUCAGAGGGAGGUGCAUGUAUUGCAAGAAAGGGCAAACCAAAUUGUUUUGCGAAAAAUGCAAAAUGAGACUGUGCUUAUUGCCGGAACGUAAUUGUUUCGUAGAAUAUCAUACUAAGAAA